AUGGAGAUCCAUUUGCCUGCAGUGCCCCUGGCAGAAAUCUUCAGCUAUCUGGACGGCUUCAGCUUGCUCCAGGCUGCCCAAGUGAACAAGGUAAAGACUCUCAAGAUCCCCUGCUGUCUAAUUGACCAGCUCCUUGCCGGCACUCCACUUAGCUGGAAUGUGGUCGCAGACAGGGAGAGCCUGUGGAGGAGGCUAUGUCUGAGGAAAUGGUGCUUCAAUGACGACACCCAGGAACACCUGUGCACACAGCUGUGGCAGCAGCUGGGCACGCAGACCUGGAAGCAGUUCUUCCUCCACCGAACAAGACAAGAACGCUGCAUGGAAUGGGCUCGGCCAGAAGACUUCGUCUACAGAGAAAUACCUGGGGACUUGGGAGACUUUAGACUUCUGGAGUAUCUCUCAGGAAGUGGCCUCACCAUGGAUGGACAAGGGAAGUCGAUCCUCUGCACAGUGUCUGACAAGGGCACACUUUCUACCUGGGAUGUGAAAGAGCACAUUAAGACCUGGUCAAGCCCAGUUCAGCAAAGCAUCAUUACCAGCCUGGCUAUCCUCCCUGAGAUGAAGCUCGCCAUUACUGGAGACUUGGAAAGAGCCAUCAAAGUGUGGAACUGUCAUGAUAGGGAUGCUGUAGCCAUUCGUACCAUGCCCCGUGACUAUUGUACUUUGAAGGCUUUUCUUACAAAGGAUGGUGCAUUCCUGAUGGUGGGCGAUUCUGCAGGUCACAUCUAUACAUUCAUGCUGCCCCAGUUAUGGUGUGUUUCUGUAGUCAAAUCAUUUGAAUGUGCUGUUCAACUCCUACAGUGUUCUCCUGAGAAUAAAUGGGUCUUUGCAUGUAAGAUGCAUCCACAUGUCUUCCCGAAGGUGUUUUUAACAGAGUGUUUACUGAAUUCAUCGAAGAACUGCUCUCUUCUAUAUAUCUGUCUUCCCUUUGCACCAUUCCACAAAGUCUGCUGGACCCCAAGGAUGGAAAAUAGGGUAACAAUAAUGUACUGGAGAAACUCCCACAACACCAUGGAAUUUAUCACAUUUGAUCUAGGACUAGAGAAGAUCGGGGGCAAAGAUGCUAUCGAAGCAGAUCAGAUUGCAAACUUCCUGUUGCCAGCUCAUAUAGGCACCCCAGAGUCGAUGGGGGUCAGUGAUGGAAAUGUGAUCGUCUUUGGGAGUGGGCCAUCUCUGUUCCUCUACACUAUUGAUGGCCUCCAGCUGCAUCGAUUUGAGGACCAUCAGAGAAACAUCAUGACCUUGUGGGUGUUGAAUAUUGUAUAA